AUGGCACGACAACGCCUAACCUUCGCCUCAGUAUGGGCGUUUGAGGACCUCGGCGUAAAGGAGAUCCAAACCAGAUUGAAAGACACCUCCCUUCACGCUGAUCUCGUCUGUGAAUACGAGAAGCGAGGAGACGUGCUUGUAAUCAGCGGAAACGCCGACAGUCCGGCGUCUGUGGUGAGCGUGAUCGCUGACUACAUUGAAGAACAGAGCCAUAAAGAUCUUCUGGAAGUCCCGCGUAUCCGUCAGAUCGAGGUCCCCGUCGCUGUCGUUGGCGAUGCCAAUCAAGCACUCAUGGGCCCUGAAGAGCAGCAGGAGGAGCUCGUAUCUCUAGACGACGGGAUCGAUGCGAACGUUAUCUCACUUCCGCUUGAUGUCGUGACGAAGACUUGGGCGUGCCCUACUGGGGGGUUAGGCUGUUUUGCGACGGAUUUUCAGGAUAUCCUCGCUGCUAUCGAGUCCUUCACGGGGACCAAGAUCUCAGUCGUUGAUGACAUUGUCGGGAUCAAAGUCUCGGGAGGCAGUGAAGCGGAUGUUAAUGACGCUUUGGCGAAGCUUACUCAAGUUGAGAGACCAUUGUCGUGCAUUAUAAAACCCACAGUGGUGAACAUGGUCAUCGCCAAUUGCGACCACGGGCUACGCCUCCAGAGUUAUGCCAGUCUGUGCAAAGGGGCACUCCGUCGUAUAUUACCUGGUCAAAACCUGAGCGCUAUUUCAGAUUUCGGUCAGGUGUGCGUCACUGUGUCACUUUUCUUUGACCAGAAAGGCCAGGUGCUCGGAUUGCCCGACAACCUGCUCUAUCCCUCCAAGGUGACGGAGCAGCCGAAGGCAUCUCGGAUCUGGAAUGACUUUAGGUUCCAGGAAAUUGGUAACGGUGACGACUACGUCGCUCUCGAAUCAAUUGUUGAGAAUGAUUCCCACCGGCACCCUUAUCUGUCCGCGGAUAAGGUCGAGGAAGUCAGUCAAUGGGUGGCGCGGGCUGAUUCAGCGUCCGCCAGUCAAGAUGCCGAUACUCCCACUAUCUCGAACCCUGAGCCUACUCCCGUGGAUCCCCGGCCUCCUGUGGAGAGGUCCCGUCCGGCAGGUAUCAAGGCACGGAGGCCUGUGCCAUCGGGUCAAGAGGCUCCAAAUAAGACUGCUCCAGAGAGACGUGUCGUGCCGCUUGACAAUCAAGUCUCAGAUCGAAAUGGUCGUCAAAUAUGGCGGAUGACAUACACUCCAGAUCCAGCCGCUUCGGCGUCUGAGAAAGAGAUACCACAAGAGAAUCCAGCGGCUCUAGCGUCUGAAGGGAUGCCGCAAGGGAGUGGGAGCUCAGCGUUGAACGACCUUCUCGGCCUCAUUUUGGGGGACGAUCCUGAGCAUGCUAUGUCAAGCAGUCCAGAAGCUACGUUGGCUUCGGAACAGAAAUCUACUUCCGGCAGCGAACAGGGUCGAAAGCUCGCCUGUCUGAGAGAAGCAUAUGCGAGAAGAGAACAUGAGGUCCUCAGGGAUACGUCCGUAACUACCCGAGCUUUGCCACAUACCCGAGGCCUUGCGAAUCAGGUGUUUGCGCAGCAGAGGAUCGAGGAUUUUGAAAGGCAGCGCACUCAUGACCAUCGUCAAGAGGUGGACGAAAUCGCGACCCGCACAUUUCAUACGACGAUGAGCCAGCAGGCGGGGAAGACUAAGGCCAAGAAAGCUAUCGCCGCAAAAAGACAAAAAACUCUUGAAGAAGCCUGGGGGGCAUCAAAGAACAUCUCAAAGAAACCAACCGGUGAUACUCCCAAAUCCUCUCUUCCAGCGGAGCAGAGCGAAUCUGCUACAUCCAAGAAGGCAAAGCCAAAUGGUCAGGCCGCCCAGGAUACACAAGCGGAGGCGAGUCAUGCAGAUAUCAAAGAGCUCUUCGAAACCAUCAGACCAGUUUUGGAAAUUGCCGAGUGUUUCCCAGGGACUCUAUCAUUGGAGGUCCAAAUUGGGCUACUCUUGAUUCCAGUCCUUCCCAAGACCUGUCCGCAAGACGUCAUCCUCAUGGAUGCAUGGACUAAGAUCUUCCGGCCCCGCGGAGGCGUGAGUGCCCCAACAACGAAGUUCAUCAACAGGGUCACUGCGACUGGCUCAGAUGUGGAUCACAUCGUGGAUUUGAAGACGUCGCGUGACCAAGAGAAGCGUCGCCUCUUUGAGCAGAAUUACAGCGAGUACAAUGUCACCUACGAGUUCCAUUGCUCGACGAAGGCUUGUAAACCCCUGGUUAUCGUCGUGGAAGAAGAUGGGAAGCACUCUAUCAAAAAGGACUCACCCACUCUAGGUGCGGUUCAUUUACAUUUUCCUGGACAAGUUUGGGACGCCAGGGUGGCACUGAGCGGUAGUAUUGAAUCAACCGCGGAUGUCCCGCCUGAGGUCGAAGAGUCCGCUCAGUACCUCGUUGACCACAUAUGGGUCCAACCGGAGAGAUCUGUGCUCCAUAUCUUCACGAAAUUGCCGGCGGAGAAACAGAUUACGAUUGAGAAGGUACUCAUGAAAAGGUGGACGCGUCACCGGUAUAUCCGUCCAGACGAAAGCACGUCGAAGGGAGUGUCCACCGCCAUGGCCCCACGACGGACGAGCUCAGCUUCAGAUUGGGGCAGUACGUCAAGUCUGAGCUCUACAAGUGAUGGUCAAGACAUUUUCUUGCAAAUCACGGAGACCCAGGACUUGAUUAUCGGAACAACACUACACGACCGUCAAGCGGUAAGAGCCCGGUGCGAUGCAGUGAGAGACAUGGGUAAAAGUGGAAGGAUGUGGUACGAAGUGUCGCUGUCGUUGAGAAGAUGGACGGUAUUGGGUAUUGGAAUUCGGGAUUGGCAGUCGAAGCCGUAG